AUGAAUUCUUGUUAAAAGUCAGAGCUACUUGUUUACUUCUUGUUUGACCUUGCUAUCUUCACAAAAACCUCAGUUACUUGGGACCAAGUUAACCGUGAGAUACCCAGGAAAACAAGGGUGCAAAUAGUUUACUUUGGAAUACUAAUGCCUCUCUGCAUUUUCCUAGCAGUUAUUGCUUUCUUCUUCAUGUCUAGUGAAUAAAACUCUUGUAUAACUGGAGAAUUUAUUGUUGUUCUUUUUAUUGGUCUAAUCAGAAUGCUGUACUUCAUCUUAAUUGCUCUGAAAACUAUGCAAAUCAACAGACUUGAAAGAGAUUAUCUAAACUAGCAACGAAGUGUAUUUGACGAAGAAUCUCCAAGUGUUCCCGGUCUCAAUGCCCAGUAACUAAUGAGGGUGAAGCCAAACAUGGCUGAUCUCUCAAGAUCCAUUAAGGAUGACGAGGUCUGUCCCAUUUGUCAAAUGGAACUUAAAGACCUUACAAUUAUUACACAAAUUCCAGAAUGCAAGCACAUGUUUCAUGUGAACUGCAUCGCGGAGUGGCUCCGUCGCAAAGCCAUAUGUCCUUGCUGCAACAGAAAUUUAUCUACCAUCUUUGACCAAAGAACCACUGCUGAUCUUGAUUCUUUUAUAGUACCUGACAAUUAUGAUAACAAUCAACAUUUACAACAAAAUGCCCAUGUCUCAAUUAGCAAUGUUAAUCUAGAAAAUAACAACAAUAAUGAGAAUCAAAAUCACUCCUACAGUGGCAAUAAUAUUCAUGAAGAUUAGAACUAAAUCAUUUGA